GUGCCUUGCUACCCGCUCCACAAAAUGCAAUUGACUCAGACAGCUUAUUUCUGUAAAACCCCACUCUUUGUCCUUCCAUUGAUCACCCCUAUUAUCAGUAGUUUCAUUUUCCCAACACGAUAUUACUUGGCCUUCUUCAAGAUUCAAACGUGCCUGAUUGACCGAGUCGAACGGUUGCCGCUAACGGCCUACGGCGCUCCGCUCAUCAUUCGCGGAAAGGACUUUCGUGUAGCCUGUUUCCUCAUCCGCCAUGACAGGGACUGCCAGAAGGUCUACGAUACCCUCACUCGGCUCGCUCAAGUUCCUAGCAUCCAAUAUCUUCCGUGUUUCCGUGAUCGGCCUCUGGGUCUUCUGGCUGAGAGGUGCCAGGGAUGGGAUUUCUUCGAUUUGCGCUCGGACUUCGAGCGAAUGGGUCUGCCCAACAAUUCAUGGGUCGCCUUGGACAACAGCUCUUAUCAGAUUUGCGACACCUACCCAGGUCUGUUGUUUGUGCCCGAGAUCGCCGAUCGGACGACUUUGUUGGGGAGUGCCAACUUCCGCUCCCGUCGACGUCUCCCCGUCCUCACCUGGAUCCAUCCAAACGGCAAGGCGGUCCUGUGUAGGUCCAGCCAGCCGCUGUCGGGACUCACAAGCAAGUCAGUCGACGACCAACUCAUGCUGCGGUGCAUUCGCUGUGCCAGCGGCGACGGGCCCCUGCUGUACGUGGUGGACACACGACCGCCGCUUAACGCCCUCACCAAUCGCGCCCAGGGCAAGGGCUAUGAGGACGUGAACGUCUACAAGGACAUCAUCCUCAGGUUCUUGCAAAUCCCAAACAUCCACGCCGUUCGCGGAUCCCUGGAGAAACUGCUUAAAGGUACUUCCGCGACUUCUCUGUCCGUUGUAGCCAAUUUCAUGUUCUACCAAGAUCCCAAAGUGAGCCUGAAGGAUCUCAACUCGGCUGUGGACAAGUCCUCGUGGUUGCGCUACCUCCGGCUAAUUGUGGAGGCCGCUUACUUCAUAGCGUCUCGGAUGGAACCAGAAGCUGGUGGUUAUUCAUUCCUCGUCCACUGCUCCGACGGUUGGGAUCGAACAGCACAAGUCUGUUCUCUUGCACAACUCAUGAUAGAUCCGUACUACCGCACCUUCAAUGGAUUUCAGGCUCUGAUUGAGAAAGACUGGCUAUACUUCGGCCACAAGUUCACCGAUCGCUGUGGGCUCGUAGACUCAGUGGAUCCUCGUGAAGUCUCGCCCAUUUUUGUACAGUUCCUCGACUGCACCCACCACCUCCUCGAACUCCUUCCGGAGGCGUUCGAGUUUAACUCGCGAAUGCUCCUCGAACUGCAUGACCACUCGCGCUCUGGGCUCUACGGCACGUUUAUCGGCUGCUCAGAGAGGGAGCGAAUGCAAUUGGGGUGUGUCUUAUACAUCGUUAAUUUUGCUUGCUCCAAUCACGGGUUAUCGCAGAAAACCUAUAGUUCCUGGGCCUACUUUGCGGAAAACAGACACCUUUUCAUAAAUCCCCUCUACAAACCGCCAGUCGCCUUCGCUCAGGCUCGAAAAACAACCAACCGACCGCAUGUGACUGCACUCCUUCCUGCAUUUGUGACCUCGCCCCAUCUCUUCGGCCCCUGGGCGGAUCUGUUCCUUCGACGGGAAUGGCGUAUCCCUAGCGUUUCGCAAAGGACCGUCGAAGUGGUCGAUGAUUUGAAAACCCAAACCAAGGCCCUCUCGGCGUACUCGUGCCUCCUGCGAAAGCGCGUCCUUGAAUUGUCCAAACUCCUGGGCAAAUCACAGGCCGAGAUUCGCGACCUCCUGUCACUCAACGGUAAUCGCGAAGUAGGUGACUCCAUCGGCCUUCAUGUUGUCCCAAUAAGUGAAUCACCUCCACCAGUUCAAAACCUGUUCGUGUUGAUUGACCGGACUGGAUAA